AAGAAGAAGCUGUAUCGCUUGGUAUAGCGGUAUUGCAUGCUGGGGUCAGUUCAGCGGGCUUUGCUUUGACCGUUCGUCGAGUCGGUUGUCUGAAGUCGGAUCCUCAACUAAAAAUGGCUGAUCUCCAGGCUCAAUUUGAUACAGCAGCAUCUGAGGUGAAGCAGCUGAAGGCAAAGCCAGCAGAUGACGAAAUGCUGCAGGUCUACGCCCUGUUCAAGCAGGCCACUGUGGGGGAAGUCAACACAGGUCGCCCAGGGAUGUUUGAUUUCACUGGUAAAGCUAAAUGGGAUGCCUGGGAGAACCAGAAAGGCAAGAGCAAAGAGGACGCCAUGAACGAGUACAUCAGCCUGGUGAAACAGUUGAAGGAGAAGUAUGGAAUGUAACCUCAAAGGACCAACUGCUGGAUGAAUGGAGAGCACUGGCUGAGACCACCACCAGUAGUCCCUAAUCCUCAUGCUGUGAAAUGCCUUAACACCAACUUUGUCCUUAGACAACAUAUGUGAGUGUCUGGUAGAGCGCUAGUGGGCCAGAUGAGAUUACGUUGGUGUGAAUAACCACGGAUGUAUGAUCAUUAACUGGUCUCCACCAGUGUACCAUCAUAUUUUAAUUAAUUGUUUUAACCAUGCGUAUCUGCACAGAAUCUUGUCAUUUCAAUAUAAAAUCUUUCUACUCUUUAA